ACAGGUUUAGUAUUCAAAGCGAAUUUUAAGCAAGUUUUCUGAAGGACUAUUACAAGUUUCCAGCUUCAUCAGCUACAUAUUUAUAGCGCACUUGAUUCAGCAAAGCAUAGUCAGCAGUCAUGGCUCGUCAGAGUGCCCGCCUUUUAGCCAGUGGCUACUACGAAAGAGAUGACAUAUCAAACUUAAGUUGUCUGGCAAAUGUAUCCUACCAUGAGAAGCCUGUCAAGGUUUUCAAGAAGAGGGAAGGGAACCGCUCCAAAAAGUCCCCUAAGGCCGAUUGUGCUACUAAACCAAUCAGCUAUGAGCCACCCAUACCUGCAGCCCAGUCUAAUGUCAAUCCUCCUGCAUUGGUAUCAUAUGACACCAUGCAAUUGAACUCAAGGUACUUGUGGGCUGAGGGCAAGCCCAUCAGGCCAACCAUCAGGCCACCUAUCGUCAAUACCUGCUCUAGCAGGAUUACCAACAGUCCCAGCAUAAUGAGUUCAGCUCAAAGUUCUGGAUACAUGAGCAAAAUCAGCAGUGCCUACUUUUCUCUGAUGGUCUCACUCUUAUUGAUGGCUGCCACAGUUAAGUCAAGGAUAAUGCAUCUGGGAGCAUUUGUUAACAAUUCAGUCAGCAGUCAAACAAAGAAGGCUUGUGGUCUGCUUCUCCUCCUCGUCCUCAUAUUUCUAUGUGUUUGGUUACUCUUUCCCUUGUUGACCCCUUUCGUCUCCAACACAAGUUUCAAACAGACAGAGAGUCGACCUCUUAUUCCUGACAUGACUCUUCAACCCAACACCAUUCCUCAUGCUGCUGUGGAGUUGUCUCCUUUAGCUCCUGUCAAUGACCCUCUAACCCCAGAGCUCCAACAGGCCAUGGAGAAGUGGCUCAGUCACUACAUCAAGGAGCAUGAUGUAUUCAGGUUUGAUGAAAAAGGAAGUAGACCUCCUAUGGCUGACAAAAUGGCUGACUUUGCCCUCAAGACUCAAGGUGCCAGGGUGAUAGCUUCCAGGUCUUCAAAGUCAUAUCAUGGUAGUAGGAGCCCACUGACUGUUAUUGAGGGUCACACACCACUGCACGCAGGGAACUGUUGGGCAUUCCCUGGUGCCCAGGGAACUCUUGCCAUCUCUCUCUCUCACCCUGUGAGGAUCAAGCAUGUGACAGUGGACCACUUGCCACGUUGCAACUCACCCACUGGCAAGAUCAACUCUGCGCCCAAAGACUUUAAAGUCUAUGGAAUGAAAGACACCUUAGACAACUUAACUCUUCUUGGAGCAUUCACCUACAAAGACAAUGGCGAGUCAACGCAGACGUUUCAGCUGCCUAACCCUACUGAUGACCUCUACCAUUCUUUGGAGAUGCAUGUCCUCAGUAACUGGGGACAAGCUGAAUAUACAUGUCUUUACCGCUUCCGUGUCCAUGGAGAGAUCGACUCCACAUGAAAUAAACUGACAACAUCGAGACAACCACUAAUGGCUACGAAAGCAAUUAAAGCAAAAAUACCCCCCGAGUUGGCAAGAAUGGGGGGGGGGAAACGACUCUCUAACAGAGCACACGGCUAAUGACCCUGGAAUGGAAAAGCAUUGAUCAGUGCUUUGUGAGAAGUCUAUCAAGUCUGUCAGGGAAAGUCCAGUGACUGGACUUGUCCAAAAGUUUGCAGGACAUCGGCCCCCCUCUAUCUGUGGAAGUUAACUCAAGCACAGAGGUGGUUGCAGAAGAAAGUAUAUUGCCCACUCAGCCAAGAAAACCAACUAUGGUGAAGAAACCUUUACAAACCAAAUCAAAGGUGAACUGGUCUGGAGCUUCAGAAAAAGCAAAAUGGGAGGCCAUCAAUGCACACCUAUAGUUGUAUCCUUGAAAGAAAAAGGGAACAGUUGGGACAUUAUGUCCCUAACACCCACUGGUGCCCACAAACACCUGCUAAGAUCUACUGGUAGUUGGUAACUUAAAUUGUGCAGAAAACCUUCAAACAUACAAGGGAUAUUCACCAUCUGGUCCUAUAUUCUAAAAAAAGUGAAUCAAUCCAAAGGUUGGGAGGAACCGACAAAACUAGUAGCAACUACUUUAAGUUACUUAAGUAACAUGAUGCUUACACAUCAUUGCACAAUAUUAAUAAUAUAGUAAUGCUCACAAAAAGACUUUGAAUGCUUUUUUACAUGGAUUACCAAAUGAUCUGA